UUUUCAAGAAUGGCCGUGUCUAUGGGGAUGACCGGUCUUAGUAAGAAUUUGUUGCAAAUCUCAAGGAUCAUUUAUGUAAUGAACUCAAACCCAGAUGAGUAAGAACCCUACCUAGACUCAAUCUUGCCGAUUUUCAUUUUCAUUUCAAAUAUUUCAUGAGCCUCUUGGAAUCUGAAAAGACUAAUAAUAAUAAUAAUAUUCCUGACGAUAUCAUUGAGCAGAUAAUAAUAAGAUUGGAUGUGAAAGAUAUCAUCAGAUGCAAGAGUGUGUGUAAGUGGUGGAAAUCCUUUAUUUCCGGCCCUCGUUUUGUUAAAUCUCAAUUGGACCACAGUUACAAGGAAGAUGCUAAAACUAAUGGAAGUGGUCAUAGGAGGAUUGUCAUGACUCGGUUAUCAUAUAUCGAUAGUUUAUUUAGAAAUUGUUUACACGAAGUCGAUGACUACACCUUUGACUUCCAAGUUUGCCAUCUUGCUGGUUCUUCCAAUGGACUGGUAUGCAUCUGUCCCGACUCUCGUCGGGUCUUCGUCACCAAUCCCUCCACUCGAGAGGUGAGAAAACUGACAGAUCCCCCAGGUACAAGUUGCCUCUCAUCAUCAGUAUCCUGGGGUUUUGGUUAUGAUCCGUCUACGGACGAUUACAAGGUUAUACGAACCUCGAGACCAGAUAUAGAUGCUUUGCAAUGUUUCCAAGUUUUGACCUUGAAAUCUAAUGCUUGGAAAUGUGUCGCCCACCUGAGUUAUAGAUUUGUUAGCAGGAUUGGAACUUUGUGCAAUGGGGCACUUCACUGGUUUGUGGAGGAUGAUGCUCAAUAUAACAAGUACCUACUUGUUUCUUUUUGCUUAACCCAACAGACAUUUAAGGUAAUCCCCCAACCUAAAGACGCAGGGUAUAGGUUUACGCACGAUACCAAGCUGGGGAUUUUUAAAGGCUGUUUAUGCAUACUUCGUCUUGGCAAACAUCCUCCUUUUCACAGAUGGGUAAUGCCAAGCGACAAGUCUUGGGAAAAGAUGCCACAUAAUGAAAGGUUGCAGCUUGAUUCUGCUCACUACUUGGAAUCCUUUGAUCAUUACAUUGCAGACAAAAAUGAUUACCUGGCACCCCAUAAAUCGUUAUUUCGUCAUGGUAUACCCUUUUCUUCCGUUGAUUGGGAAUAUGUCAAUAUCAAUACCCCUGUAUUUGUUCAGAGCCUCGUGUCCCCACAUGGUAGCCUCAAGCGAAAGAUGCUUGAAAAUAUCGCAAGCCGGAAUCAUAAGAGUUCCAAAGCGAGGUUGCAAGAAACAAAGGUGCAAUGUGAUGAUGAUUUUCUUAUGUGUGGACGUCGGUUCUUUGCAUUGAUUGAUACGGUUUCACAGUACAAAGAAUUUACAGUUUCAAAAUUAACAGAGAUGGAAAAUGAUGUUGAAGCAAAUGCUGCUCCUGUAGCACAAGCUCACAAGGACUCGGUAAAAACUGGUAUCAAGAAUUACCUAAAUAACUCAACUUAAUGUGUAGAUUAUGAGUUCUAUUUACUUGAGUUUUUGAUGCAGGAGAUUAUGAAACAAUUUCUAGAUAUUAAGUUUGAUUCUCCUUUAUCCUACUGUUUCUAUCAUCCCUCAAAAAUCUCUGCGUUGUAAAUUAUUGCCUUAUUUCGUUUUAUGGUACCUAAUGUAAAAAGUAUGACUGCCGUAUAUCACGAUUAUGUUGGAUUUUCA